ACCAAGCGAGAACCAAACUGCAAGAGGAACAUGAACCACUCCAUCCAAUUCCCAACACUCUCAACAUUCAUCAUCUGGUCCCACCCAACCCAACAAGACUCAAGCUCAGAAGACUCAGACUCAGUGCUCUACUCCACCCAUCUCGGCCAAGCAGGACUUUCGCAAGAGAAGAAGGACAGACUGAUCGGACUCAUCAAGGGACUCGUCAACUUCACCGCAAUACUCAGCCAUGGACUCAACAAACAACAAUCGAUCAGGGUCGUCCACUCAAAGAACCACAAGAUCCUAUUCCUGCAACCUGAAGCAAACCUCUAUCUCGCUGCGAACAGGUCAUCAACUUACCCGGGAAGCCAUCUCCAUCAAAAACUAUGACUUCCAAACUCUCAGAUACCUUCAACAUCCUCUCCCAGCAACAAGGCCCGUCAUCUAACUACGAACCAUCGGAAAGCGUGCUCCUGAACUCACUCUCCUCAGCCGCUCAGGAGUACCAUCUACUCCAUGGAUCCAUGAGCUUACUCCUACCCAAUAAGCUACACGCAUUACGUGAGAGGCUCGAGAAAUUUUGGUCGGUCUGGCUAUGGAGAUGGAACGUCGGUAAGACUGGGUGCGGCGCGGUCGAUUUCAAUGAACUCUUUGGUGGUUUACAGUCGCCUUUUUUAGAAUCACCCAAGAUGCCCCGCGCUCCAGUGGAUCUAUUCGCCCGUUUUGUAAACGAUGUUUGUCCCGCUUUUUCGGUACUUCCGAUCCUAAUUCACGAUCGAAAAGUGUUACACAUACCUUGUCCGAUUGGGAUGAUCAAGCAAGAUGACAUCCAAACCCUAGUCCGAUAUCUGUUGAGUCUAUUGGAGGGAAGUGAGGCCAAGCGUGUACAAGUACGGCCAGUGGCGAAAGUGAAGGUGGUAGAACCGGAGCAGAAUGUGAUCAUGAAACGACUAUCGGGGUUUGACUUCGGCACGCUGGCGAGUCUGCAGCCGAAGCUGGCCUCGACAACCAACUUGGCCAUUCAACCGGCGAGCGCCUGGGCCCACAAGGCCUUCAAAUGGGCAUCUACCUCACUCGUCCUACCCUCCAACCUCUUCGAGAACAUCGAAAACGAGUCGGAAUCUCUCGAUCAGCUCCUCCGUGCCGACAUUGGCUUGCCCCCAAGGACUUCCCCGCCCCAGCUCGUCCGCAUCAAAUCUUCUCUGUCGGACCCCAAGGUCGUGGCCCAGUCUGUCCCCAGCCCUACCCGUCUAGGCUCUCAAAGAUCCCCAUCCUCCACUGUCUCCUCACGAACAAAGCUUGGCUAUCCACAUAACCUCCUUGCAAUCUAUCCGCAAGCCCACUCCUCCCACUCUCGCGGGAUACACUAUCCAGACAGCCUGCUGAAUUUGUACGGAAGCAUAGCAGUAAGUGACUCGCCCGAGGAGGAAACGGGGAUCCACAGCCUGCCGACGGUACCCCAAGAUCCAGCGAGAAGUUCCGAGCCACCAACCAAGGCCGAUUCAACGGGAGAAAAGGUGACGCCAUCAUCACUUGGCCAAUCCAAGCACAACCCCCGCUCGCCGAGCUUUAACGUCGAACAUGCCCUGGCAGACGCAAUGUCCGAGCGGAGCAUCGGCAGCAUCGCAGCUCUCGAGUUCGUCCGCUCUCAAUCCUUCACCGAGUUCCCCCGCUCCGACUCCUCGGACCCCUCCAGACCUUCAUCCGAACUUCCGCCCUCCGACACACUCAUCCUCGAACCUGAUCAGCCUAACUCAGUUUCUCCUGAUACUGACACUCCUGUCAACGCCCCGGUCAAUCGUGGCUCUGCAACAAUUAGAUCCCCUUCAACGUCUGAUACGACGGCUCUUAAACAACUCCAAGUCUAUGUCAACACUGGCAAGUCAACGAGCUCAGUCUCAUGGCUUCAGAUCGAUGGGUGGACGUUGGCUUGGCUGGCCCAGCCGUCUGAUCCUCUGGAUUCUUCCUCCCAGCUCGAUGAAGGCUCUGACGUAGUUGAGAAAGAACCUCUUCUCAAACAGGCCAGAUAUGUGCUUGAUUCGUUGAUCCAGAGCAAAUGGCCCGAGGAAAGUGAACCAGAGAGGCCGGAGCAGCAAAGGACGGCCGAGCGAGUGACCAGAGGGACACAGAUGACGUCAGGCAAAGUGUCGAGACAACGGUUUAUGAUCAAGGAUGGCCACAGCUCGACGGGUCUCUUUAUCCAACAAGCCGGGCCCCAGUCUGGCUGGCUGUCCAAGAAUGAGAUCUGGCCCGGGAAGACUAUCCCCCCCUCGGAGGUCGAGGUUCACUUGGGCUUGCUUCGACUCUUGGAUGAUAGUUUGUUUGGACGGGUCGGUGGAUCGUCUGAACUAGUCUCUCAUUCUGGAAUAAGCUUAUUUGAGGAAGGCUUUUUGAGGACUAAAUCUGGCCAAUGGAUCAUCUCCAAAAGAAUCCCUCAUCAUCACCAUCACCACCUUCAGAGAAGACAGAAACAGAAGACCGAGGGUGCAGAAGAUGCUCAAGAACAGCCACAUUCGAUACCGACUUCCCAGGUGAAGACCGAUACGUUUGACAGGUUCAUCGAGGCCUUCUUGGUCUUACCCGCCGGAUUUGGAUCGUUGAUCGAGGCUGAUAACGAAAUGCGGAUCUUGGAGCGGCAAUCUGAGAUGCUCAACAUGACUAUCUUUGACUAGAGUUUCUUUUUUCUUCUUCUUUUCUUCUUCAUUUCUCUCUGCUUCAUCCCUACUUGAGCUUAUGGGGUUUUUGUCUCCUGUUCGAACAUAUGUCAUUGUGUCUCCCUCCCAAGUAAGGAGGUUUUUGAGUUGCUUGCCUUUUUGAACAUCACAUGUGUCUGUUUGAUUGGUUUGAAUCUUGGUAGAUGAAUUGUAUUGUUUGAAUUGUCCAAUCAUCUUAUAAUCAACCUCAUUGUUGCUACCAAGUUUCAAACUCCCCAAAAGCCAAAAGAGAACAUCCCUU